CCAAAAUCACAGCCGAAAGUAAAAGAAAACCAAAUCCAGGGGAGUAGGGAACUCUUGAGAUUUUGGGUGGGAAAAUGCAGAGCCUAGCACCAAUACAACCUCGUUUCGCGAAGUGCCUCACAACCUUUCGAGCAUUCUCAUCUUCUUCUUCGUCUUCAGAUUACUCCAACCAGUCCCGCGGUGGCCUCCCUCGCUUCUUCUCCGAAUGCCUCCCUUCUUCCAAGGGAGGCCUAGUUCGCGUUCAAGAUGAUGAGUUCUGGCACAUGACUAAAGUCUUGAGAUUACGCGCCAAUGAUAGGGUAGAGCUGUUUAAUGGGAAAGGAGGUUUGGUAGAAGGAGUAAUACAAACGGUGGACCGGUCGGGGCUUGAUUUCGUGGCCUUGGAAGAUCCAAAGUUGGUUCUUCCACAGAGCACGCAGUGGCAUGUGUUUGCAGCUUUUGGUACUUUAAAGGGCGGUCGAGCUGAUUGGCUUGUUGAGAAAUGCACGGAGCUGGGGGCUAGUAGUGUAACUCCUCUGCUGACAGAACGUUCUCCUACUAUCUCGGAAAAUAGGCUGGAUAGGUUGCAGAGAGUCAAUAUGGCAGCUGCUAAACAAUGUCAACGGCUCCAUGAAAUGGUAUUGAAUCCCCCAAUGAAAAUUGAUCGUCUUUUGCCCCUUGUUGCACAGUCCAAGCUAUCUUUUUUGGCGGUUGCAGAAGCUACUCCUCUUGUUACUGCAUUAACUUCGUCAAGAAGGGAGACCAGUGGACUGAUUGUGAUUGGACCAGAAGGCGACUUCACGGAGAAAGAGGUGUAUGAAUUGAUAAAAGCUGGGUCAAUCUCUGUUGGCCUUGGCCCACAUCGACUCCGGGUAGAAACUGCUACGGUGGCUCUUCUGGCAACUCUGAUGUUAUGGUCUGAUUCUCAAGAAAAGUGUGGUUCCUAAACUCUCCCUCAUGGGAAGUCUUUUUUUCUUUCUUUCAAGGACUGAACUACAUCGAGUUUUGUUGUGCCGCUUGCUUUAGGCCAAAUGUAGACGAUUGCUUGUAUCAUAGUGUUUUCUUGUUGAUCAUUUGAAGGUUAAUUUUAGCACGAGGAUAGGAGCUCUCUACUGUAGAAACACCAUGUUAUUGAGUUCUGUCAACCAAAACUGCUUCUAAUGCAAUUUAUGAGAUAUUGUGCA